CAACGGGUGUGAGGGCUGGCCAGCAGUGAGCACCAUGGCUAAUAGUCUGGUCAGUCUUCACAAACAAGACGACUUUGCACCUCGCCUUUCUCACGGAAAGCCUCGGCGCUCUCUUGGCUUGCCAUUGUCACCUUUGAUGCUUAUCGAUAGCCUUUCCCGAAAGAGUGUUUCUUAUGAUAAGCUUCCAGAGGAGCCCCUCAAGCUUUCCAUUCUCAAACUUGAUGGCUCUUCCUUUGAUGUUCAAAUUACAAGAACAUCCACUGUUGCAGAACUUAAAAAGGCAGUAGAGGAUGUCUUCAGUUACCUGCCUCAGAAAGGACCAGAAAAGAUUUCAUGGCCGCACAUAUGGGGACAUUUUUGCUUGUGCUACAAUGGUCGAAAGCUGAUCGUAGAUACAGAUCAUGUCAAAAAUCAUGACAUCAAGGAUGGUGAUCAGCUUCAUUUUGUGCGGCAUGUCUCAAUCAGCUAUAACCUCAUAAAAAAGCGAUCUAAUAAGAAAGGAUAUGUUUCUUCAAAGCAGCCAAAUACGCCACAAUCGCCCUCGACUAACUGUGGCGAGGAUGAACAAAGUGAACAUGAACACUACAACUACGACCACAAAGAGAGGCGGAAGCUGCAGCAGUGUAGCGAUCAAGGCUGUUUCAGGGGACAGCAUGAGACCAGGUUGACUCGCUUAUUGGGAGAGUGGUUCUCGCAUUGCAAGACAUCCUCCGUUGGGAGAAGGAGGAUGGAGGGCCCGACCUCCCCUUCAAGACUCGCAUCUGGUUUUAUGGGAAGUUUCACGAAAAUUAUACAACGUUGUGGUGAAAAAUGCUAUCCCCGGAGGAGGCCGCUUUUCUCAAACUCAAAGAGAUAUUUAGUCAAAUAAUAAUUUGGAAAAUUUGCAGCAUUGGUUGAUAACUAUUUUUCUGUUCCUUGAAUUUGUUUGUUUCGGUUCUUCAAUCUUGAUGUUAUAGUUUCAUGGCACACCCAGUCUUGUUGGUUAUAAAAACUCCAGAGUUAGUGAAUAAUGAUACUGUAUGCUUACUAUUGUCUUUAUGAAAUAUUAAUUAUCUCA